AUGUCUAUCGCCUUGGCUGUUCAAGGCAUUCAAGCCGCUCCUGCGGUGCGAAAUAACAAUAUUGAACGGCGCGACAGCGUUAUUCAGCGGGCUCAGAAUCUUCCAGUUAGUUAUCCCGGUGGAUAUAAGAAGCGGGAUAACAGCCGCCCGUCUGACAAUUCUGUGAACAAAAAGGACAAACCAACGCUAGCAGCGGAAUCUACUAGCAGUUCCGGGAGCGACAAUGGCAGUACAGCGCCGGCAGCGAAACCUCCUAGUAACCCCGGCAGCAACAUUGACAAUAAAACGCCGCCAGGGGAAUUUCCUGAUUGCUCCGACAGCACAAGCGGCAAUAUAGCGCCGGCUAAGAAACCUUCCAAGAACCCUGUGACCGAUCAGGAUGGUACGAAGUUGCCUCUAAAUGGUGCUGAUAACUCCGGCAGCGAAAAAGGCAGUACAGGGUCGGCUACCGAACCUUCCAAGAACUCUGGGGGCGACAAGGGCAUUAAAGCGUCGGCUUCGAAGUCUCCUAAUAACUCUGUGGCCGAUAAGGAUAAUGCGAAGUCGCCUCUAAAUGGUGCUGAUAACUCCGGCAGCGCAAAUGGCAGUACAGGGCCGGCUACCGAAGCUUCCAAGAAGCCUGGGAGCGACAAGAGCAGUACGGCGCUGGCUGCGAAACCCACCAAUGACUGUGACCAAACGGGUAAUAAGUCGCCGACUCCAAAUCGUUUUAAUGACUCUGGGAGUAAAGGUGAUGGCACGACGGCUCAGGCACGUCCCACAUCUGUUCCCGAAGCGGACGUCGACCCGAGACCGGAUGAAUUCUCGGAUCAAGAAAAGGCCACUGAUAUCAGGAGAAGGUAG